UGAGAAGGGGGAGGCAUUUACUAGAGAGAAAAAGGGCUUUUAUCUGAAGUAUAAAGGGGAUACUUUUCCUACGUAAAAAGGGACUUGGAAAAAAGGGUGUGUUGGGGGAACGGUGCCCCCACCUCCGACCAACCCCCACCGGAGCGCCGCUCGCGCAGUUUAGUAUUAGUCUGCCUGGCACAGACUUUAAUUGGACACUUUACCACAAUUCCCUAGCUCUGUCAGACUGUAAGCUAUUUAAGCCUCUAGCAAAAAUAAUAAAUCCUUACUAGUUGUGAAAAAAACAUAAAUAACAGCAACGACUGUGUCAUCGACAGACACUGGACGUUACGCACAAUUACAACUAACAAUAGUCUGUGCCUGCAAACUACUAGUAUAUAGUAACGUUCAAUCCUCGACCCUAAUUACUUUCUUGUUUGGUAUACCAUAAAGACGUCUAUGGGUUACUAGCUGUUGUGUAAAGGUGUGAUCACCAAUCAAUGAGAUGAGAUGAGUAGUAGGCUGAGGCUUUAAUACAUGCACAUUAUUUCAUGGGACGAAUCUGAAGAUGCAGACAAUUCUAGGGAAGACAAGAAUUUGCCAGAAGACGAUGACAUCAUAGAUGGCAUAUGUUGAAGAGGAUGACGAUUGGCCUGCUCUCGUCUUUGACAGCGGCUCGGGAUCUAUUCAGUACGGGCAUGCCGGCGAUGACGAGCCAAAGGCAAUCAUUCCAAAUGCAGUUGGCCGAUAUUUGGAUCAGGUAGAAUAUAAAUUAAGGAAAGUCGAAGAUGAGUGAUUACGAUGAGGACGAUGGCCCAGACCCAGUGGUGGUCGACAACGGGUGGUACUAUACAGGCGGGAUUCGCUGGGGGUAAGACUUGCAGAGCUGCCUUCCCGUCAUGCAUUGGAAGAAGUAAAAAGUCGCACGUUGACGGGAAGAGGGAGACCUUUAUCGGAGAAGCAAUCUACAAACACCGAGAAGUCUUGGGUAUCAACUACCCCAUCGAGCACGGUAUCGUCAAAGACUGGGAAGACAUGGAGAAGAUCUGGCAUUAUCUUUUCGACGUUGAUCUGAUGGUCGACACCACAGAGCACCCAGUGCUGAUGACAGAGCCACCAGGGAACCCUAUGUAUAAUAGACAGAAGAUGGCACAGAUAAUGUUUGAGACGUUUCAGAUACCUGCAUUUUACGUGGCCAAUCCAGCACUGCUCUCAUUGUACUCCAGCGGUCGCGUCAGUGGAUUCGUGAUCGAGACGGGGGCUGGAGUGACGCAGACAUUGGCAAUAUAUGAAGGAUACUGCCUCGAAGCAGCGACGCAUCGAACCGGGUUAGCAGGCAGGGAGAUGACGCAUUAUUUGAUGAGAUUACUCAACAAGAAAGGAUAUUCUUUCUCCACCACUGCUGAGCGGGAAAUCGUGAGAGAAAUCAAGGAAAGAUGUUGCUACGUGGCAGAAGACUUCGAGAGGGAAAUGGCAUGCACUCAGAUUAGAACCGAACGAUACCAGCUACCCGAUGGCCAAGAGAUAGUACUCGGUCAGGAAUUGUUUCAAUGCAUGGAGGCCAUGUUCAAACCGGCUCUUCUCCGUGAUGAAGAUACAAAGCUGAACUAUGGAUCCGGUAUAGCCGAUAUAGCAUAUUGUGGUUUGCAGCGUUGCAACGUGGAUACCCGAAGAACGUUGUACGAAAACGUUGUUGUAACCGGCGGAAAUUCCAUGCACAGGGGAUUUGGUGGACGUUUGAAGCAAGAGCUAGUAAGCCGGGGCGUCCCACAAGAAACGUUGAAGGUCAUCUGCCCUCCUGAGCGAAGGAAAUCUGUUUGGCUUGGGGGUUCAAUUCUUGCCUCGUUGUCGGCUUAUAAAGGAAUGUGGAUUACUAAGAAAGCCUAUCAGGAACAUGGACCAACGAUUGUCGAUACCUUCAGGAUUCCAUGACAUUUGCUCCGGCGACAAUUGCUCCGCUGUAAAUUUCAUACACUAAUCGAAUGGCUAACUUCAACCCUGGAUUCAACAC